GCUUUAAUCGGUUUCUGUGUUAAUUUGUCUAUUCAGUACUUGCUAGUGGGUAGUGAGAGCUACAUAUAAGACAAAGUUCUAAACUAGACCAGUGUAUGAGGUGAGAGCUAGAAACUGAGGACUUAGCUAGUAGUUAGAGAUGCCUGAGUUUUGCGUGACAGGUGGUACUGGGUUCAUCGCAUCUUACCUGGUCAAGGCCUUACUAGAGAAGGGUCACACAGUGAGGACCACCGUGAGAAACCCAGGGGAUGUGGAGAAGGUUGGUUUUCUGACUGAACUAAGUGGAGCCAAAGAGAGACUGAAGAUUUUGAAAGCAGAUCUAUUAGUGGAAGGAAGCUUUGAUGAGGCAGUGAGAGGAGUUGAUGGUGUCUUUCAUAUGGCGUCCCCUGUGCUUAUUCCUUAUGAUGAGAACGUUCAGCAAAAUUUGAUUGAUCCCUGUAUAAAAGGAACUUUGAAUGUGCUUAACUCUUGUGUAAAAGCAACUGUGAAACAUUUUGUGCUCACCUCUUCUUGCUCUUCCAUAAGAUACCGUGAUGAUGUGCAAGAAGUGUGUCCUCUUAAUGAAUCUCAUUGGACUGAUCUAGAGUAUUGCAAACGCUAUAAGCUGUGGUAUGCAUAUGCAAAGACAAUAGCAGAAAGAGAGGCUUGGAGGAUUGCAAAAGAAAAUGGCAUGGAUCUAGUGGUGGUUAAUCCCUCUUUUGUUGUUGGUCCUCUGCUUGCACCACAACCAACUAGCACACUGCUCUUGAUACUAAGCAUUGUCAAAGGCAUGAAGGGAGAAUAUCCAAAUACAACAGUGGGGUUUGUACACAUAAACGAUGUGGUAGCUGCUCACUUGCUGGCUAUGGAGGACCCCAAGGCAUCUGGAAGGCUUAUUUGUUCAAGCACAGUAGCUCACUGGUCGCAAAUCAUUGAAAUGCUUCGUGCCAAAUACCCUUCCUAUCCGUACGAAAACGAGUGUAGCAGCCAGGAAGGAGAUAAUAACCCGCACAGCAUGGACACUACCAAAAUUACUCAGUUGGGGUUUCCUCCAUUCAAAACUCUUGAACAAAUGUUUGAUGACUGCAUCAAAAGUUUUCAAGACAAGGGCUUCCUAUGACAUCUGUUGUUACCUUUCGUGUUGGUGUGAGGUGUCAGUGUCAUAUGACCCAAACUAACUAGCUCAUAAAACCAAAUAAAAGAAUUUAACUUUAUCUUUUAUCUAUGUAUUUAUUCCUUCUUUCUUGUUUCCACAACUUACAUUAUUAUUAGCUUCAUCGAUUCAUGUUACAAAAGAUUUAACUCA